AAUUUCGUCCACGGAGCCAGCCAACCAAUAGAAUCGUUACAGAAAGUUGUUGAGGACCAAUAGCGACAUCUGUGUCGUCAUUUCCGCUGCUAGUUUGCGGACGGUGCAUCAACUUUGAUGCAAGCUAAAUGCUAAUGCGGCAUUUUAUCGUAUGUCAGAAUCCGAGUAAAGCAAAUAUGAGAUAUUUUAAACGCGGCCGUGUUGUUUAAUUGAAUUGUUUUCAUCAACGUUUUAUCAGGGUAACAUAUAAGCUGUUGUGUAUCUGCUAGCAAGUUCUAGCUAGCUAACUAGCGUCAUCGUAAUGGCAAGUGCAGCUAAUGCUAACCUGAACGCAGUCCGGGAGACUAUGGACGUUCUGCUAGAGAUUUCAAGACUGCUAAACACUGGUUUGGAUAUGGAGUCCUUGUCCAUUUGUGUGAGGCUGUGUGAGCAAGGCAUCAACCCUGAAGCUCUGUCUGCUGUCAUCAAGGAGCUCCGAAAAGCUUCAGAGUCUCUGAAGGUUUCUGAGAAUUGCACAACCUGAAGAUGGAAUCGGAGCCCAUCUGUGCAGGACUUUAAUAAGAUCAUCCCCUGUUCCUGGAUCUUUACCAGCUUUCCCGCCUCAAUCCCAAUCAUUUUGACAGUGACUCAAAUGUUUUCUACUUUUUUCAUUUGUUUGUUGUUGUUUAAAAGAAAAUGACUUACAUUUGUUGUUUUUCAAACACACAAGACACAGAUCUGAGCAGCACUGUCAAGUUUAAGCCUUCUUUUGUUUUGUUUUUUCUCUAAGCAGCAUGGAUGUUGGGUUUGACUGUCAGAAUGUUUUAUAUCAGAAACAUGUUGGACAUUAUAUGUUAAAAUCUUUAUUGAUUUUUUUUUUCAAUGUAUAUUAUUGCACUAUCAUUUUUUUUCUUGGUCAUUUAUUGGCACAAAUCUAUUUCUGAAGGUCCUGUAAGUUUUCAAUGGAAUUGUGGGAAAUAAAAUGUUACCAUCAGUGACCACAA